AUGGCAGACGAACCUCAGGAGCCUAUAGCCAUGACGAACGCGAUGGACACGCCUAUAGAGCAACAGGAAGAGGAAGAAGACGAAGCUCCUUGCAAAAUGGGCAAAUUUGGAACCUGUAAAUUCAACGAUUUGAUUGGAAACAACGCCGGUGUUCUGUACGAGAUAUACGAUGGAGAUCAGUUAAGAGUCGCCAGUGAUCAAGUCAUGUCCUUAGAUGUUUACGACAUUCAAUCCGCUGAGGAUGCAAACAAUCGAGAGAUCAAUGAUCUUGGAGAUACUUCGCAAAAGCUAUCGCAGGCUGAUAUCGAGGAACUGAAAAGGGACAGUUUGAAAGGACAAGUGUCGUCGCAGGACGUCAUCAGGUCAUUGGUGGAGAACAGUGCUACCUUUGAGAAAAAGACAGAGUUCUCCAAGGCCAAAUACAUCAAAAAGAAACAGGCCAAGUUCACAAAGGCAUUCGUUCCAAUACUACCGACUGCAAAGACUCUUUGUGAUUUCUUUUUUCAAGAAGACUCGCCAAAGAUCAAAGAUAUUCGAGGUGAUACAUUGAGCAUGAUCCUGAAUGCAUCCAACGUACAUGCUGGAAUGCGAGUACUAGUAGCUGAUGAUAUUCAUGGAUUGCUGGUUGCGAGUGUGAUGGAACGACUUGGAGGAUAUGGUACCGUAAUUGCUCUUCACGAAAACGAUGUACCGUCAUAUGAUAUUCCGGUAUAUUGCAACUUUUCACCAAAACUCGCAAGUACUCUACAAACUAUCAGUUGGAAUAGAGUCAAUUCGGUGUUGAUUAGCGAAGCUGAAGAACAAGAACUGCUAAAAGGCACGGCAGCAUCACGAAGAAAUAAAAAGCGUGAUGCACUGGCAACAAAUAGAGAAAAGUUGACUCUUUUACGGAACGGUGAUUUUGAUGCCUUGCUCGUAGCAAGUUCAUUCAAUCCUGUUUCUGUGGUGGAAACAUUGUUGCCGUAUAUUAGUGGAUCGAGACCUGUUGUGGUUUAUCAUUCGUUUAAAGAGGCAUUGACGGAGACAUACAACUAUUUCAGAGAAUCAUCGGAGUUUGUCAAUGUGGAUUUAUGUGAGAGUUGGUUGAGGGAAUAUCAGCUUCCCUGCUAUCAAGCGGGAACACGACCUAUCAUGACUGGCAGUAGUACAGGUGGUUAUUUUGUUGCUGCCACAAGAACAUAUGCUGCCGCACCUGAAGAGAUUGUACAUGGUAACAAAUCUAGUGGUGGAGGUGGCAGUAGUAGCAAUGGCAGGCCAGCCAAGAAGAGAAGAUGGUGA